AUGGAUGAUAUACAAGAUUGUUUCCUUGAUGAUGAUGAGAACUAUCGAAAUAGUUGCCAACUUAACCAUCAAUACCGUGUGAAAUGUCACAAUACAGAUACAUGCUGGUCCUCUAUAUUGAAAGAGGAUGCUUGUUCAAUGACUGGACAGGACGACAAUAUUCCAUUUCAACGUUUUUGUAAUGGUAUCAACCAAUCCAUUUACUACGAUAAUUCUCAACAAUAUUAUAAUGACGAGUUCGAGUGUGAAGAGUGGUUAUGUAACAAUAUGUAUGCACGUUGCGACGGUUUCUGGGCAUGUGCCGACGGACGAGAUGAAUACAAUUGUAGUCGAACAAAAUGCCAUUCGGGAACUCAUACCUGCAUAGAUCCUCUUAAUUUUACAGUAUUCUGCUUACCUCACACACGAAUUAAUAAUGGACACGAUGAUUGCCUUGGCGCAUCCGACGAACAACACGAAUGUCAAAAGAUCUAUCCUCCGAGCGAAACUCCAGAACGCUUUCGCUGCUUGGGAGAUACAACGUGUUUGGUACCAUCAGAAUUAUGCAAUAACAAUAACGAUUGUCCACUUGGCGAUGAUGAAAACUUUUGUAAUACUCAUCAAUUCAAGUGUGACAACGAUUCGACAUACAAUCGCAGCGAAAUAGAAGAGGUUCUUUGUGGAUUGAAUGAACAGAAAAAUCGAAGAAGACAGUAUUUUGCUAUUCAUACAUCGUCUAACUAUCCUUCGUUAGAAAAUAGUGUCGUCGAUGAAAGUUUGUAUUGGACAACAGAACGGCAUUCUAUCGAGAAUGUCAAUAUAGAUCACAGUGAGGCUAGCCUAUCGCCAUCGUAUUGUAAUCGUGGACUCGCUGUUAAUACUUGGGUCACAAACAAUAGCUUCGACAAUAUAUGCAUGUGUCCACCAAGUUACUACGGUCAUUUAUGUCAAUAUCAAAACCAACGAAUUAGUCUUACAUUACAUGUGAGUUCAGUUGAUCGACAUGCUACUUAUGCGAUUAUUAUUAUGUUAAUCGAUGAUAAUGAUGAACAACAAGAGAUUAACGUAUACGAUCAAUUUGUAUACAUCACAAAGGAAAGUUGUAGUACUAAAUUCAACCGAUAUUUAUUAUUUUCCACACGACCAAAAGACUUGUCCAAGAACUACAGUAUACGUAUUGAUGCAUUCGAAAAAAACGGGAUAACAUAUGUUGGAAGUUGGCACUUUCCCAUAACAUUUCUCUUCUUACCUGUCAAUCGGCUAGCUAUCUCGUUGGUUUUAUCAAAUCGUAUCAUUCAGACAUCGUUCAAUUGUUUGAUUGCUUGCAACAAUGGUACCUGUGUAAAGUAUCUAAACAAAGAAAAAUAUUUCUGUCGAUGUCAUUCUCAAUGGACAGGCAUUCAAUGCAAUAUCCCGAUAAGUCGUCAAACGUGUUCAUACGAUUCAUUCUAUUUGGGAUUAGUAAACAACCAAUCAAUAUGUGUAUGUCCAUUACAUAAAUUUGGUAAGCAAUGUACGUUCACAUCAGCAUGUCCAACUAAUAUUUGUCAAAAUAAUGGAAAAUGUAUACCAGCUGAUGUGACUUCUCCUGACAGCAGUUAUACUUGUGUUUGUCCUGAUCAAUUUUUCGGCGUAAAUUGUCAAUAUAGUAAGGCCAGACUCGAUGUUUCUCUGAUUAACAUGCAUAUUCCAUCAUAUAUUACGGCUUAUUUCUUCACACUUUCCAAUACAUCUCACCCGAUGCAGACAAUUAUACUACGAAAAUUGACGCUAUUUCAACAUACUACUACUUUCCACAUCUCAAUACCAUAUCAUAUAGUAAUUAUUCAAUCCAGUGGCAAAUAUUAUCUUGGUGUACUUCAACAAUCUCUACAGACAGAUAUUUCAACAUUAAUUCAGCCUUCACAAGAGUGUAUUGCUACUGAACAAUUACUGAAUUCUACAGUAACGAAAAUGGUUCCAUAUCGACGAAUUAUAUUUUUUCAUAUUCUCUGUCACACACGUACUGAUCUGAUAUGCUUCAUUGAUCCAGCCUAUUUAUGUUUGUGCACAAAUGAUCAUCAUGCCAAUUGUAUGGAAUUCAAACGUGAUAGAAAUUUUCAAUGUUCAUUGACAAAAUAUUGCGCAAAUGGAGCACAAUGUGUGCAAGAUCAUCCGAUUUGUCCAUCGACAAGAAUUUGUAUAUGUCCAGCCUGUUUCUUUGGAAAUGAAUGUCAAUUCUAUACUAAAGGUCUUGGCUCAACAUUAGAUGAAAUAUUGGGUUACGAGUUAAAACGUAAUACAAUAUUAUCUAAACAACCUAUCACAGUAAAAGUGAGUGCCGCUAUUACAAUGAUAAUAUUUGCCGUAGGUACUAUUAAUUGUAUUUUAUCAAUAAUGGUUUUUCGUAGACAAGCAUCACAAAAGGUUGGUUGUGGAAUCUAUCUUUUAGCUGCGUCGUAUACUUCGCUAACGAUUAUGAUCUUAUUUCCACUUAAAUUUUGGCUACUUUUUUUCUCUUAUCAAUUGAUUUUUGAACAUCGUAGUCUACAAGCGAUUCUUCUCACAAAUUGUCGAAUUGUUGAACCUCUUCUGAAAGUGUUAUUAAACAUAGACAAAUGGUUGAAUGCUUGUGUAUCUAUCGAACGAAUCGUUUCUGUACAUCAAGGAAUUAGUUUUAAUGCAGAGAAAAGUAAAACAAUUGCCAAAUAUGCAGUGAUAAUGGUAUUUCUUAGCAACUUCGGUGUCUAUGCUCUUCAAAUAAUUGAACUUCAUGUCUUUACUGACAGCAUAGAAGAACGAAGUUGGUGCGUCAUUACUUAUUCAUCAUUCAUGCAAACAUAUAGUUUUACUUUGAUUAUGUUUCAUUAUAUUGGACCGUUAGCAACUAAUGUGAUAUCUGCUAUUACCAUUAUCAUAAUAACGACUCGUCAGCGUUACCGAACGGCUGCUAAAAGUAAUCCAAGAUUCAAAGACCUCCUUAAAAUGAAAAUAAAACAUUAUAAACAUCUUAUAAUUAGUCCAAUUAUUAUCAUAAUUUUAACACUACCGCAUUUAAUUAUUUCAUUCAUUUUAAACUGUAACAAAUCAUCCCAUCUAUUAUGGUUCUAUCUAAGCGGUUAUUUCCUUUCAUUUAUACCAUCCGCAUUUAUUUUUCAAAUUUUUAUUCUAUCAGCACCCGUUUAUCGAGAAGAAUUUAGGAAACUAAAAUCACAUAUCCGUCGACGUUUUCAUAUAUUGAAAUUAAACGCAUCUGCUUUAUAA